GGGAGGGGCGUCCUGUCGGCACGCGCAGAAAGCACGGAGCAGCUGCAGCGGCGAGAAGGAGCGCGGCGCUUUUGCGGAACGCAUCGUGUGCGCUCUUUAGAGACCAUAUAUACUUAUAUAUCAAUAUAUUUAAAAAAAAUUAAAAAAGCAGACCAAGUCAACAACCCGUCUUCUUACCGAGACAUUCACUCAAAGCCAAAAUGGUGGACCGCGAGCAGCUGGUUCAGAAAGCCAGGUUGGCCGAGCAGGCUGAGAGAUACGACGAUAUGGCAGCUGCCAUGAAAUCGGUGACAGAGCUGAAUGAGGCACUGUCCAAUGAAGAGCGCAACCUGCUCUCGGUGGCCUACAAGAAUGUGGUGGGAGCACGCCGCUCAUCCUGGCGCGUCGUCUCCAGCAUUGAGCAGAAGACAUCAGCCGAUGGCAACGAGAAAAAGAUCGAGAUGGUGCGUGCCUAUCGUGAGAAGAUCGAGAAAGAGCUGGAGGCUGUUUGCCAAGAUGUGCUCAACCUGCUCGACAACUUCUUGAUCAAGAAUUGCAGCGAGGCACAGCACGAGAGCAAGGUGUUUUACCUGAAGAUGAAGGGUGACUACUACCGCUACCUGGCUGAAGUAGCUACUGGAGAGAAGCGUGCCGCUGUUGUCGAGUCGUCCGAGAAGGCCUACAGCGAGGCGCAUGAGAUCAGCAAGGAGCACAUGCAGCCGACGCACCCUAUUCGCCUAGGCCUGGCGCUCAACUACUCUGUGUUCUACUACGAGAUCCAGAACGCGCCCGAGCAGGCAUGCCAUCUGGCCAAGACGGCUUUCGACGACGCCAUCGCCGAGCUGGACACACUCAACGAGGACUCCUACAAAGACUCAACCCUCAUCAUGCAACUGCUGCGAGACAACCUGACACUCUGGACAAGCGACCAGCAGGAUGACGAAGGUGGCGAGGGCAACAAUUAAAAAAAAAAACGAGAGAGAUGAAGAGGCAGAAGAGGAGAAGACCCUCAAGAAUUACCUGUUUCCUAGCCGUAACACACAAGAAAACAUGCGUGCUCACAAAAUAAUUGAAAAAUAAAAAGAAAAAUUAAAGCGUAAGUGAAAACAUUUGACGAAAAGGGGGGCCUGGUGGAAUGCUGGCAGCCAUGUUCACUGAUGGUACAACCGCAACUGCAGUUCUCUUUGAUUUUUUUUUCUGAAAAUUAAACGGAUAAAAACAAAUAUUGAUAGAAAUCGGAAUAAAAAUCUUAAGUCUAGCAAGAGGUUAGGUUUUCAAUUAUAAUCACAUUUAAAAUCAUCACAAUAAAGGUAAAAACUGCCUCUUCUUCUGUUGCUUCUGCAACAUUUGCCAAAACAAUUCUUUGAAGCAGAAAAGAUUGUCAAUAAGUCAGUUAAGUACAUGGAUGACUAGGGUUGAAAUACACCCCAAACACUGGCGUAGGGACUGUUCUUGUAGUGAAACAUGACAUCAAGCUGCUUAUUUGUAAGUGUCGAGGAAGGGUUAAGGAGCUGUCAGGGGAAGUGAUGAAGCUUGAGCAAAAAAAAAAAAAAAAAAAGACAAAAAAAAAAAAAAGUAAAAAAAAUACAAAAUUGAAUGUCAUAGCCUCGCAAAAAGUAAGUUUGCAAGCAGGCACGAGUGUGAAAGGAUGUUUUUGUUUUUGUCUCUGUUAAACAUACUUGUGGAUUCUGAUGUGCGCUCAACAGUCAGUCAGCCAUUUCUUUAAAGUCGACACGCUCCAAAACAUCACUGUGGUUACAGGAUCAAGAAACAGUAGUUUAGGUAUACGGUAACUUAGUCCAGGUUUCCACCCAUUAAAUAAUGCUAUUUCCAUUGAUAGCUAAGAAAUUGUUGUCCUUUCGGUGAAAACAGUUUUUAUUAUCAUUAUUAUUAUUAUUGAUAUAGUUUGGACGUUUAGGGUGUCAAGAGUGACCCACACUACCAAAACAUAGUUUUAUUCGAAAUCAUUACAAUAUAGUACCAUAAACCACAACAAACACUAUAUAUAUAAAAAAAAAAAAAGUGUGUGUAUGUAUGUGUGUAUAUAUAUAUAUAUAUAUAUAUAUAUAUAUAUAUAUAUAUAUAUAUAUAUAUAUAUAUAUAUAGCAAUGAUAUUACCUUAAAAUGCAAUCUGUCCUUGCAAAGUGAAAAAAAAUUUAAAUAAAAAAUCCCUACGCUUUAAUCCUGAAAAAUGUAAUUCUUCAAAGCGAACCUUAAUCACUUGGAUCCCUGUCGCGAUACACUGAAUGGAAUCAACUGGAACCAUUGGCUGUUUUUCCUUUGUUCAUGAACUGAAAGUACAAUUAGAGACAGAGCACUGGCACUGCCAGUGAUGAUCUUAAAGCAGCUUUGAGGUUUGUGGUAUUCUUUUUCUUCUUUCUUUUCUUUUUUGUUUACUUUUUUAAUUUUUGAAAAAAAUGCACUUGCCUAUUAUACUGUUUCUCAGUGUAAGAUGAUUACUGCUCCAAUAUUCUCGAUAAUACAAUAUUGUGCAUGCUGGUGAUGUAUUUAUAUACUGUAGCUUGACUUUAUUAACUUAAAAAAAAACCUGUAGAUGUUAUGUAUUCAUAGGAACAAGAAAUGCCUAGAAUUCAAUCUGAUUAUUAUUUUCUAUUUAUUACUUUAUAUUGGAUUGUUUAAAUUGAUUAUGAUUUUUUUUUUCAUCUUUAUUUGUUUUUUCUUCGCUGAAGUAUGCGACACCAAAAUGGUGAAUCAUUAACUGAUGCUAUAGUGACAUGCAAUUCUUGUCUUUGGGUUUUAAAAACAAAGAAAAAAAAGACAGAAAACACCACUGUUAGCUUAACACUCUCUGUCCGGUGUUUUGGCGAAAAAAAAAAAAAAUCAAAGAUCACACUGUAAAUCUAUUCGUUGUUCUUACAAUGGCCUUUCCUUUUCUGCUUUAUCUGUCACAUUAUACAGUAAAGCAAAGUGUUGAAUUUUUUUGAAAAACUGCAUUUCUGUAAGGAAUUCAAUCAUGGACCAUAAUUUCCUCUUUCUGUCCCUAUUUUUUUUUUUUUUACUUUUAGCUGUCUCUCCUGAUAUCGUAAAUGUGAGUCAUGUAGCGGAUGCACACGAGAAAAAUAACAAUAAUAAUAAUGAUGAUAAUAAAAAUGAAUUAAAAAAUCACAACAUCCUUCUAACCACA